AAAAAAAAAAAAAUGAAAAAUCUACACAAUUACGCCCUAAUUAUACGCAUCUCCACCCACGCACACACUCGCCGUCGCGAAGAGGAGGAAGAUGAUGUUUGAGAGCAGCCAAUAUGAUUCGGGUCCAACAUUUACCGUCGGCGGUGGCUUCGUUUCUUCUCAGUCCGCCGAUCCUUCCCGCGCCUCAGCAAAGAGUCGGGAUAACCAGGCUAUGUAUCCGGUGACGGUGAAGCAGAUAAUCGAUGCCGCUCUAUCGUCCGACGACAAGUCAGGUUUCGUCAUCGAUGGCGUUGAUGUGUACAAUGUGAAAGUGAUUGGAAUGGUAUUUGAAAAAUCAGAGAGGGUUACUGAUGUAUCCUUUGUGAUUGAUGAUGGCACUGGGCGCAUUGGAUGCAAUAGAUGGGUAAAUGAUCCGCAGGAAACCAAGGAAGUUGAAGGCUUAAUGGAUGGGAUGUAUGUUCGUGUUCAUGGGCAUUUGAAGAGUUUUAAGGGGAAGAAGCAAGUUGUAGUUUAUGCUAUCAGGCCUGUGAAUGAUUAUAAUGAGAUAGCAAACCACUUUCUUGAGUGUGUGCAUGCCCAUUGCUGCAAUGCUAAAUCACAGAAUAAUGGUGUUGCCCCUGCUUCAGCUUCCGUGGGUGUCAGCCAACCUGUCUCGUCCAGUCAAAGCUCUCAAGAAUACAACUUGGAUGGACUAGGGAACAUUGAUAAGAUGAUUUUGGACUAUCUUCAGCUUCCUUCCUCCCUCGCACAAGAAAAGGGUGUGCACCUGAAUGAACUUGCCCAAAAACUCAAAAUUUCUCAGGAAAAAAUCCAGGAAGCAAUCGAGUCUCUGGAAUCGGAAGGUCUGGUUUAUUCGACAAUUGAUGAAAAUCACUACAAAUCCACAGCUUCUUAAUUUGGGAAUUAUUAAGAUGGUGCUUUCGUGUCUCUGCUCCUUGAAGAAGAAAAAUUGGAGGUUCUUUUGCUUUAUAUCAUUUGACUGAGAUGGCAUUUUGUAACAUCCAAUUUCAGUAAUUAUAUCUAUCUAUAUGGACUAUAUAUGUAAUGGUAAUGAUUAGCACUAUACACAUGUUAUGCUUGUUAGCUAAUUCUCUUUGAUAUUCCUUCGCCUAUGGUGUGGAAAACGUCAAUCACUUAUAACGCCAGAUACUAUAUAUUCGAAAUACUAUGUAAAGGUAAAAAAUCAAAUUAUUAAUUUUGUUUGGGUAUGAACCAUUUUAGCUCGGAU